AUGCUGCUUGUCUCGCUGGUGACGGGCCUCCUCGGCUUUGUCCAGCGCAACAUGUUCACCUUUAUCAGCCAGUCUGUGUGCAAGAGGCUGCGCGAGAGCCUCCACUACAACGUGUUGCACAUGCACGCAUCGGUCCUCGAGCAGUGGACGCUGGGAGAGCUGCUCGCGCGGAUGCACCAGGACAGCCAGAAGCUGCAGCAGGCGCUGCAAGGGCAGGUGCCCCGACUCGCGUCUCAAGCCGGCACCGCGCUCUUCGCCGCCUCGAUGAUGGUGUACAUUAACCACACGCUCGCUCUCCUCGGGUUCCUCACGACGCCGGUCAUUCUGCUUGUCUCGCUGCGCUUGGGCCGGCUGGUAAAGAAAUACUCGGUCCACGUGCAGGACUUAAACGCGGAGACUGUGGCGCUGGCUACAGACAUUCUCACCAACGUUCGCACCGUCCAGAGCUUUGGGCGCGAGGCCGCGGAACAGCAGAAUUACGUGGAGCGGUCGACGGCGACAUUCAACACGCGCAGGAGAGUGGUUUUCAUGAUGUCAGGGACCAACAUGCUCGUGGCGCAGCUCAAGUCGACCGCCAACCUCCUGGUCCUGCUAUUCGCCGCGUGGCUUGUGCUCGUCAAGCACCCCGAGGGCGGGCCAGGGCCGCUGACGGUGGGACUCUUGGUGACCUUUCGCAUGUACCUCAACACGGCGCUGAGCAACAUCUCCGGGCUCUCCUCCGCAUACGUCGCCAUCCAGCAAGCGCUGGGGGGAACAGAGAAGCUGUUUGAGCUCGUCGACCUCGGGGAAGAGGUGACACGACGAUACCUCGGCGGCGAGAUCCGUGGGAGCCGGUGUCGAGGCGAGGUGGUCUUCUCAGCUGUGGCCUUUGCAUACCCGUCGCGCCGCGACGUGAGAGUGCUGCAGAGCCUCACGUUCACCGCGAAAGCUGGCGCGACCACCGCCUUUUGCGGCCCCACGGGCUCCGGCAAAUCCUCCGUCCUCCGGCUGCUGCAGCGUUUCUACGAGCCGGACGCCGGGCACAUACUCCUUGAUGGCGCGGAUAUCCGCCGCCUGGCACUGGGGUCGCUUCGCGAGUGCAUCGCUAGCGUCGAGCAGGAGCCGAUCCUCUUUUGCCGCUCCUUGGCCGACAACAUCCGGCUCGGCCGCCCCUCGAGCUCGGACGAGGAGGUCCGCACCGCCGCGGCGCGCGCCAACGCAGCGGGCUUCAUCGAGGAGCUGCCUGAGCAGUACGAGACCCUAGCGGGCGAACGCGGCACGAGCCUCUCGGGCGGGCAGAAGCAGCGCAUCGCCAUCGCGCGGGCGAUCCUGAAGGACGCGCCCAUCCUGCUGCUCGACGAGGCGACCUCGGCGCUCGACACGGCGAGCGAGGAGGCGGUUCAGCACGCGCUGGCCCUGCUGAUGGCGGGUCGGACCACCCUCGUCAUCGCGCACCGCCUGAGCACCAUCGCGACGGCCGACACCAUCGUCGUUAUCGACCGAGGGGUCGUGGCGGAGACAGGCACGCACGAUGAGCUGCUCGCCGGCAAGGGCAUAUACCACAGCCUCGUGGAGGGGAGCGCCGGGACAACGAGCUAG